UUAUGUAAAAACGAGUUAACAAUUCAACUAAAGAAAUACAAGAUUACCCAUAAGCGUAGGUGUGGAAAACAAACAUGGCGGUAUAAAAACAUAUGGUUCAUACAAAUAAUGUUUGACGCCCGAGUUUUGAACCCGAAAAUGAAACUGUACACAACUUAGUAUCGAGACUAGAUGCGAAUUGUCGAAGAAAUGACGCUUUUAAAACUAUCGCCAAAGACAAUCGUCUUGAUCCUAGCGGUCUUGUUGAGCCUGAUGGCCUCAUGCAGCUCGCCGGUGCUGUCGCUGACAACCGGUUACGGCACGGACGAAAACCCGAAUACGGCCAACCGGUACUUGAAAUGCACUUAUCUGUUUGCUGGACUUACGUACCUGCGAUUAACGAGACUCAUUCUGGAAGACCCGAACGUUCCUCUCAGAAUCCCAAUCGGUCUGGGGUGCAGCUACAACAUCCGAGCGGUAAUAUGCACACUGUACGAUGUGACCGAUGUGGAAAUUGGCUCGUUAUGGCUGCAACUUUUGUUUUUAUGCACGGUGCCGUGUUUUAUACCUCACAACAAUAACGGAGCUGGCCUGCCGAUGGCUAGGUCCAGAAUGAUGGCCACCCUCAAUUACGUGAUAGGCAGAAUGCAAAAAGAACUCUGGACUUCGGGUUGUCCAACAGGCAACCGGUUUGGCUGGUACGAAAACUGGUACGCGGAGCAGGCGGCUUUUAUGCCGAGCGGCAAACCUGAUUCUGACCGUAUCCAAAUAGCAGUGUUAAACAUCUGCCAAGAGCUGAAUGCACUAUUGAUCGCGAACAACGCGAAGAUCACGUACGGGACGCGGUACAAAGCGCUGAAGUCCAGACAGCUGUUUCUCAACAAUCUAGGCGUGAAUGUAAACAUCAUAUCCAUGCUGUUUAACUCAUACGGAGUAAAAGUCAUCUGGUACGACACGAUAGAAUUACUACAACAAGACUGGCUGUACGCACACUGGAAAUUGUACUCCCCAACGAACGGGUUGUUUAGCAUCAAGAAGUAUUACAGCGGGAUCUUUAGUCUGUUCAAAGGCAUCAUGUACCGGUUGACGUGGAAACAUUUAUUGUACGUCAAUGAGUUAACGGGUCAACGACAAGAAGAUUGCUUGCAAAAGUGGCACGACUUGCUAGUAGAAUUCCAGCAACUGUUACGCCUUCAAGACGAUCCAGACCUCGUGAAUUUACUAGUUGCCAUCGACCGCCUCGGCAGCAAGGAUGUAGCCGUAAACGACGUAAUUAACCAACUCCGGGAUAAUCUGAGCAUGGUUAACGCAUAUCUCCAAUGCAUAGCCACCAACCGGAUGACUCUGGAACCGGAAGAGUUCCCAUCGAGUGUGAAUCUGGGUACGCCCGACCUAGCAGCAAUCGACUGCAAUACCUUGAAAAACGCACAAGCUUUCUUCGUUGAUCUUAAGUACUUUUUCAAAAAGGUCGAUUUCGAUGUCAUCCGAUCGAUCGUGACGUACAUAGACGACGAGGAUACAUGGUAAACGUAGUGUGUAUUAUAUGAUAGAGUAUUAAUGUAAUUAUGUAUUUUAUUGUCAGGUAAUGUAUUAUUUUCAUGACCAAACUAAAGCAGUUUCUAAAUUUAAAUAGUAUUAACCAGCUAUGAAAAACCUGUUCAAAUUAAUUGUUAACCACUGACACC